GCCUCAAUGAUAGCUGGAUAUAUUGCAAUCUCAUCGAAUACACGCAAUUUAACUUCCAAGCUUAUACCACAUUACAACUUACAUGAACACCCUCUAUAAAAACCUCAUCAAAGCACUCCCACUAGCAACGGGCAUCGUCACAUCCAACAUGACAACCCCAAUCCUCCACGACGUCCUCGUCAUAGGCGCAGGCCCAGCAGGCCUCGCCACAGCAACAGCCCUCUCCCGCCAACUCUACACCACAGUCCUCUUCGACUCAAACCUCUACCGCAACGCCCGCGCCACCAACAUGCACAACGUCCUCGGCUUCGACCACAUCCCGCCCCCAACCUUCCGCGCCAAAGCUCGAGAGGACCUCAAAGCCCGCUACGCCAAGACGGUGACCUUCGCCGACGGCGUCGAGGUCGUCAAGACGACCAAGGUCCAGGACGGGCUCUUUAGGGCCGAGGAUAAGCAGGGCAAGGCGUGGUUUGGACGGCGGCUGGUCCUGGCUACCGGCGUCACGGACAUUGCGCCCGAGGUGCCGGGCUACGCGGGCUGUUGGGGCUACGGGAUUUUCCACUGUCUGGUUUGCCAUGGCUUCGAGGAGCGCGGGGCGGAGAGGGUGGGCGUCCUCGCGUUCGGGUUGACGGGGAGCGUCAAGAUGGCGACGCAUAUCGCGUACAUGGCUCGGCCGCUGGGCAAGAAAGUGACGAUUUAUACUCACGGUGACGAGGCUCUCGCUUCGGAGAUUCGUGCCAUGGCGAAUAAUCCCUUUACCGUUGACACACGGAAAAUCACAUCGAUGCGCAUGGCUGGCGGAGAGCACCGCACCAGCGUCACACUCACGCUCAGCGGACGAGAUGGAGAAGAAGGAGAGGAAGUCACAGAGGGCUUCCUCGCUCAUGCACCGUUUACAAGGCCCAACGGUCCCUUUGUGGAGCAGCUUGGGCUGGAGACGAUGGAUAACGGGGAUAUCAAGACGACUGCCCCUUUUGGACAGACGAGCGUUUCUGGUGUCUAUGCCGUAGGCGACUGCGGGAAUAUGGUCAAGGCCGUUGCGACGGCGGCGGCGAGCGGUGCAAUGGCUGCGGGUGGCAUGGUCGUCCCGAUGCAGAUGGAGCCGAGGGUUGAGAUGGAUGUCGAGGCUAUGGAGAAAGUUAUUGGAUAAAGGUCUUGUAGACGAUGGAGCGUACGAUAGAAGAGGUCUUCUUAGAACAGGAACAGGUAGCUUGACUCCGGAGAUCCAUAAAUCCGGUCUAUUGAAAUAUAAGCGAAAAGAGACGAUAUGCCCGAGACUUGAAAUGCCGUUCUCCAAGCCCACUUCGGAGGUGAACUCCGAUGAUAGUCAACCAGUCAACUAUGUUCCCGAACAGUCUAUGGAGCCUACCACUGCGCUGAAUCUUUUUAACAUCUCAGGAGUAUUUCGAGUAGCCCAAAUGAGACCCAUCACCGCUUCCUUCCCGCAUCUUCGUAGCUUCACCAAUCUUGCUCAAGCACGUAUCCAAACCCAUCGUCGGCACCAAAAAAAAACCAACCAAACAAGCAACCCUUUCCUCAAAGCCACGAAGACCGAAUUA